AUGAACUACAUAUUCUUGAAGCAGUGCGUAGAAAGUCGCCCAGUCAUUCCAAUCCCUAAGGAGUGGUUGAACUCCAUGGAUGGUAAAAUUCCUUCUCAACUAAAAGACAACCCAAAAAAGACCAAACUGCUGCUUGAGCUACUCACAGAGGUCAGCGACAACUUCCAUGAUGUUAUCACCAAAUACACAGUGGACACAUUCCUAAAGGAUCCAGAAUAUGAAGAACCUCCUCCACUAAGGAAGACGUCCCUUCCACUCGAUAUUUUUUCACAUUGUAGCUUUGUCAUCAGUCGGAAACUGAUUAAGGCAUAUUUGCAUAUUGUACAUCCUGUAAUGCAAACUAUAUUGGAAAUUGGCCACACAACCUUUUCAUCAAUGGCUUUGGUGGAUCUUACAGGAUAUAGGGCUUUAGGACCUGUCGAUAGCAAAGAACUGUACAAAGAACUGGCUGUGGAAUGUGCGACAGCAGAAGAACAAAUCAUGAAUAACUGGUUCCCUAAAGUCAUCAAUUUAUUAACAAGUCCAAAAACACUGGGCUCAGUAAAAGAAGAAGUACUUGAUGCCUUCUUUGACUGCGCAUGCACCCUCAUCUCCAAUCAGCUGAAAGCCCUGCUUCAGAGGAGCGUGGAGGCAUUUGUCUACCCCUUUCACCCAGACAACUACCACUUCUUACCCAUCUUUCAUAUGGCCCUGACAUUUAAUGAUGAAAAAAUGGGAACAUACCCUACUUUACAGGAACUUGAGGAAGAUAUUUUUGAAAUUCUUAAUAUCAUAACAAAUACACUACAGAAGGUGCAAACAGUUGAGUCAUGGCUCACGGAAUCCACUUCUGGAUAUGUGGAUGCUAAGGCCCCUGAUCACACGCUCGCUUGGGCUCAUUUCACUGUAUCGACAACGGUGCGCAAGAAUCUAGAAGAACCUGACAAAUACUUUCAAAAUUAUGUUGACAACUAUGAUUGGUUAGUCAAUGGAACUGCCCAGACUCGAGUGGAGACCUUUGUGGAAGAAAUCCACUCAUUUGCUGAAUAUAUUAAGCAAGUGGAGGAGUUUCGUGACUUGUCAAGAAAACUUGGCAACCUCCCAACAAAAGUUCACUUUCCAAUGGUCCAGUUAUAUUGUGAGGAUCUGAACAAGGGUCUGUCUAAAAAAGCAAAAAUGUGUGCUGAAUUUCUUAUCAACAACAUGAAAGCUAAACACACCGAGCAAAAUCUUCAGAUCAUCUUAGACUUUGAAACCAUCCGAGAAACUGCUUUGAAUGUACCAGAGACUACAGAUGAAAUGGCAACAAUGAUUGCAUAUGUUGAAAAAACUAAGAAAACGGGUAUUGCACUUCUUCAUGAAAGGAUAAAGAAAGCCUACAGUAGACUGAGUUACCUUCUAGAUGUUCACAUAUUUGAACCUGAAGACCUUGAGCUGAAUUCAACUGUCUUCAUGUGGCCAUUAAAAAUCUUAGAGGUGUUUGAACUCAGUGAUGAGGUUUUCCAGGAGGCAAAGAUGAAAGGAGAGAAGGAAAUGGUUGCUAAAAGAGAAAGAGUCACAGUUCAUCUGGCUAAAUUGCAACGAAGGGUUGAUGAGUUCCCUCACUGCUCUGAACUUGAUAUGAUGCAGCAGUAUAUGUCAGAUAUCAAAAUGGUGCAGACCCUUCUUCAGGAGGCCGAGGAGUCAAUUGAAGACAUCCACAAAGAUGAAACUUUUCAUGAAUGGGACCAAUCAUGUUACCCAGAAGUUGAAAUCAUCAGACAGAGUAUUGAGCCAUUCCAAAAGUUGUUUUCCUUUAUACUGAGAUGGCAACGCACAGAGAGCAGCUGGAUGGAUGGGUCUUUUCUGGAACUCGAUGGUGAAGGAAUGGAAGUGAAAGUGGAUGAAUUCUACAGGGAAAUCUUCAAAACGCUGAAGUAUUUUCAGCAGAAAAAGAGUAAGAGUGAACAGGCUACUAAGAAGAUAUCUAGUGGAACAACCAGACGACGACGUGGUGAAGAAGAAGCCAAAGCGGAGAGUCCUACAAUUGUUUUGUGCUCCACUGUAUUAGAACAAGUCAAAGAGUUCAAGGAACAUACUCCUUUAUUGACUGUCCUGUGUAAUCCUGGCAUCAGAGAUCGCCACUGGAAGCAAAUGUCAGAGAUUGUUGGGUAUGACCUCACUCCCGACACCGGUACAACACUUCGCAAAAUCCUCAAACAAAAUUUAGAUCCUUAUCUGGAUGAAUUUGAAUCAAUCAGUGCAGCUGCUAGUAAAGAGUUCUCCAUGGAGAAAGCCAUGAAAAACAUGGUUACUGUUUGGGAUGGUAUUUCUCUCAACCAUCAGCCAUACAGAGACACUGGUGUGUCAAUUCUGACUGCUUUGGAUGAUAUCCAGGCAAUGCUAGAUGAUCAGAUUGUGAAAACACAGACAAUGAGGAACUCACCAUUCAUAAAGCCCCUUGAAAACGAGAUUAGGGUUUGGGAGGAGCGUCUUCUUCGUAUCCAGGAAACCAUUGAUGAGUGGCUGAAGGUGCAGGCUCAGUGGUUGUACCUUGAGCCCAUAUUCUGUUCUGCUGACAUCAUGCAGCAGAUCCCAGAAGAAGGACGACUCUUCCAAAUUGUUGACAAAAACUGGAAGGAGGUCAUGAGGCACUGUGUCAAGGACUCAAAGAUUCUGGAGGCAACCUCAAUGCCAGGCCUACUAGAGAAACUGAUCGAGUCCAACGCCCACCUGGAUGUCAUCAUGAAGGGACUAAAUGACUAUCUGGAGAAGAAGCGUCUUUUUUUCCCAAGGUUCUUCUUUUUGUCAAAUGAUGAAAUGCUGGAAAUUCUUUCCGAGACCAAGGAUCCACUGCGUGUACAGCCCCAUCUAAGGAAGUGCUUUGAGGGUAUUGCCAAGCUAGACUUCCUACCAAAUCUUGAUAUCCAGGCCAUGUAUAGUAGUGAAGGAGAGCGUGUUGCUCUUAUUGGUCUCAUCUCUACAUCUGAGGCUCAAGGAGCGGUUGAGAAGUGGCUGGUCCAAGUGGAGGACUUGAUGAUUCGCAGUGUCAGAGAUGUAAUAGAUCGCUCCAGAACGGCCUAUGCUGAAACUCUACGUAACCAGUGGGUGAAGGAGUGGCCUGGGCAGGUCGUGAUAUGUACCUCCCAAAUGUUCUGGACGUUGGAGGUGCAUGAAGCCAUCAGGGGGGGGGCCGAGGGUGUGAAAAACUACUACCAGACACUCCAGAAUCAACUGGCUGAUAUCGUGGGACUAGUGCGAGGGAAGCUACCCAAGCAAACACGCAUUACUUUGGGAGCACUAGUGACAAUUGACGUUCAUGCUAGAGAUGUUGUUAUGGAACUCAUUGAGCAUGGUGUAGUAAAUGAAAAUGAUUUCCGAUGGCUGGCACAGCUUCGUUACUACUGGAGCAAUGACAAUGUUCGAGUUCGCAUUAUAAAUUGUGAUGUCAAGUAUGCCUAUGAGUAUCUGGGGAACUCUUUUCGUUUGGUCAUCACCCCACUCACUGACAGAUGCUAUAGAACUCUGAUUGGAGCAUUUUACCUCCACUUGGGGGGAGCUCCUGAGGGUCCAGCUGGGACUGGAAAGACAGAAACCACCAAAGAUCUUGCUAAAGCGUUAGCUGUGCAAUGUGUGGUCUUCAACUGUUCUGAUGGACUGGAUUAUCUUGCUAUGGGCAAAUUUUUCAAAGGUUUGGCUUCAUCUGGAGCUUGGGCUUGCUUUGACGAAUUCAACCGUAUUGAACUAGAGGUCUUGUCUGUUGUGGCCCAGCAAGUCCUCUGCAUCCAGAGGGCUAUUGAAAUGAAACUGGAGUAUUUUGACUUUGAAGGAACCAUGCUUAAACUUAACCCCAACUGUUUUGUGUCCAUUACAAUGAAUCCUGGUUACGCCGGGCGCUCUGAACUCCCUGACAACCUCAAGGUGUUGUUUCGAACAGUGACCAUGAUGGUCCCUAAUUAUGCACUGAUAGCAGAGAUCUCUCUCUAUUCAUAUGGAUUCCUAAAUGCCAAGCCUCUGUCAGUCAAGAUUGCAAUGACUUACAGGCUCUGCUCAGAGCAGCUCUCCUCCCAGUUCCAUUAUGAUUAUGGCAUGAGGGCUGUCAAAGCUGUGCUUGUGGCAGCAGGAAACCUCAAGCUCAAGUAUCCUGAUGAAAAUGAGGACAUACUGCUUCUGAGGUCUGUAAAAGAUGUGAAUGAGCCUAAAUUUCUUUCGCAUGAUAUUCCACUGUUCAACGGAAUAACCAGUGAUUUGUUCCCCGGCAUCACCCUUCCUGAGGCUGACUAUGAGUUAUUUUUAGAAGCUGCUCUUGAGUGCUGUGAAAAACACAAUGUGCAGGCAACACAGAUCUUCUUAGAUAAGAUGAUCCAGACAUAUGAGAUGAUGAUAGUCCGGCACGGGUUCAUGUUGGUUGGAGAGUCAUUUUCGGGGAAGACCAAAGUACUGCAUGUUCUCGCUGACACGCUGAUUCUGAUGAAUGAAAAAGGCUUUGGAGAGGAAGAAAAGGUUAUCUUCAGGACAUUGAACCCAAAGGCAAUCACCAUGGGACAGCUCUUUGGACAGUUUGAUCUUGUUUCUCAUGAGUGGACAGACGGUAUUGUGGCCAACACGUUUCGCGAGUACGCAUCGGCUGAGACGCCAGACCGUAAAUGGGUGGUGUUUGAUGGUCCAAUAGAUACAUUGUGGAUUGAAAGUAUGAACACUGUACUGGAUGACAACAAAAAGUUGUGUCUAAUGAGUGGAGAAAUUAUCCAAAUGUCUAAUCAAAUGAGUCUGAUUUUUGAAGCAAUGGAUCUGUCACAAGCCUCUCCUGCCACAGUCAGUCGAUGUGGAAUGAUCUACAUGGAACCUUCUCAGUUGGGCUGGGAACCUUUAGUUAUUUCCUGGAUGAACACGCUUCCUGAGAUUCUGAAGAGCCCUGAGCAUCACAAUCUGCUGCAAGAACUCUUUCAGUGGCUGCUGCCACCUUGCUUAAGGAUAGUGCGUAAACAAUGCAGAGAAGUUGUCCCUACAACCAACUGGAAUGCAUCUGUGUCCUUAUGCAGACUGUUUGAGAUGCUGCUAAUGGAACCACUAGAGGAAGAGACAAAUGAUAAAACUAUUCGAACCUGGAUCAUGGCAGCUUUUUCCUUUUCCUUGGUGUGGUCUGUAGGUGGUAGCUGUGAUUAUAAAAGUAGGGAGCUGUAUAGUGAAUUCAUUCGAGACAUAGUGGCCGGAAGGAUAGCAGACAGUCCAGUUCCUUUUAUUGUGAGCAAAUGGGAAUGUCCGGUAGAUGAGAAAGGGCUGGUUUAUGACUAUUUCUAUGAGUUUAAGGGAAAAGGCAAGUGGAUUCACUGGAAUGAUGCUAUAAAAAGUGUUAGCCUUGGGGACAAAACCACCAAAGUGCAGGACAUCAUUGUUCCAACAAUUGACUCUGUUCGCUACACUUUCCUAAUGGACAUUUGCAUCACCUAUGGGAUGCCUCUCCUGUUGGCUGGUCCUACUGGCACUGGAAAGUCAGUGUAUGUAAUGGAGAAGUUGAUGAACGGUCUGGACAAAGACCUCUUCUUACCCCUCUCAAUCAAUUUUUCCGCCCGCACGACUGCUAACCAAACUCAGAACAUCAUCAUGGCCAAAUUAGAUAAGAGACGAAAAGGUGUAUUUGGUCCCCCAAUGGGAAGGAAAUACCUCAUAUUCAUAGAUGAUGUGAAUAUGCCAGCAAUGGAACAGUUUGGAGCUCAGCCUCCUGUAGAGCUUCUUCGGCAGUUUAUGGAUCACAAAAAGUGGUAUGACCUAAAGGACACAUCUGGCAUCAAAUUAGUAGACAUCCAGAUCAUUACAGCCAUGGGUCCUCCUGGUGGGGGGAGGAAUGCUGUGACAUCUCGUUUUCUGCGCCACUUCAAUAUUUUUAGCAUAAAUUCUUUCAGUGACGAGACAAUGGUUCGCAUCUUCUCUAUCAUGGUGGCAUUCUAUCUCAAGAACAAUGAAUUUCCACCAGAAUAUUUUACAAUUGGCACCCAAACUGUCACAGCAACAAUGGAAGUCUACAAGCAAGCUAUGGAAAACUUGCUUCCGACACCAGCCAAAUCUCACUACACUUUUAAUCUGCGGGAUUUCUCACGUGUUAUCCAAGGCUGUCUGCUUGUGAAGAGCAAAUCUCUGGAGAACAAACGCACUAUGAUUCGCCUGUUUGUCCACGAGGUUUUCCGGGUCUUUUAUGACCGUUUGGUGGAUGACAAGGAUCGCGCAUGGUUCUACCAGCUAAUGACCAAAAUCCUCAAAGAUCACUUCAAUGAAGCAUUCAACCAAGUGUUUGAUCACCUAAAACAAGGCAGUAAAUUGGUCGAGCAAGACAUGCAGAUGCUACUGUUUGGAGACUACAUGAACCCUGACCUCGAGCCUGAUGACCGCUUGUACGCUGAGGUGCCUUCUGUAGAAAGCUUUGCUGAAGUGGUGGAGGCAUGUCUUGUUGAAUAUAACCAGAUGAACAAGAGUCGUAUGCAUCUUGUCAUCUUUCGUUAUGUUUUGGAGCACCUGUCCCGUAUAAGCCGUGUUUUGAAGCAACCAGGGGGAAAUGCCCUAUUAGUCGGAGUGGGAGGCAGUGGGCGGCAGUCCAUCACACGUUUGGCCACAUUUAUCGCCCAAAUGAGCCUUUUCCAGCCUGAGAUAUCAAAGAGCUAUGGAAUGGUUGAGUGGAGAGAAGAUCUUAAGAAGCUGCUCAAGAAUGCAGGAGUGAAGGGUCAAAGAAUUGUUUUUUUGCUCACUGAUGCUCAGAUCAAGGAUGAGGCAUUUCUUGAAGAUGUAAAUAGUGUCCUCAACACGGGAGAGGUGCCCAAUAUGUUUGCUAUGGAUGAGAAACAGGAUAUCAUUGAGACUGUACGUCCUAUUGCCCAAGCAAAGAAUAAGAGUGUUGAGUUGAGCUCUUUAACUCUUUUUAACUACUUUGUGGCGAGGUGCAAGCAGAACCUGCACAUUGUUGUGGCCUUCAGUCCUAUUGGCGACGCCUUCCGUAAUCGACUGCGCCAAUUUCCAUCUCUAAUUAACUGUUGUACCAUUAACUGGUUUCAGCCUUGGCCAGAGGAAGCCCUUGAGCGGGUUGCCAACUCUUUUCUUCAGCCCCUGGAGAUGAAAGACAAUGAGAGGAAGGAGGUCAUACCUAUCUGUAAAACAUUUCACACUUCUGCCAGUCAACUUUCAGUGAGAUUCCUCUCUGAACUAGGGCGCCAUAAUUAUGUUACACCUACAUCUUAUCUGGAGCUCAUGGCAGCUUUCAGUCAACUCCUCACAAUGAAAAGGGAUGCAGUAAUGAAGGCAAAGAGGAGAUACACAAACGGUCUGGAAAAACUGGCCUUUGCUGAAUCUCAGGUUGGUGAGAUGAAACUCGAGCUUGUUGAGUUGCAGCCCAAACUGGCACAGGCACAGAUAGAAAAUGAAAAAAUGAUGAAGGUGAUCGCAGUGGAGUCUGUGGAGGUAGAAGCUACAAGUAAACUUGUGGGUAUUGAAGAAGAGGCCACAGCCAUUCAAGCUGCUGAGGCACAAGCUCUGAAGGAUGAAUGUGAUAGUGAAUUGGCUGAGGCCAUCCCUGCCUUGGAAGAGGCGACCGCAGCUUUAAACACCUUAAAGCCUGCUGACAUCACUGUUGUGAAGUCCAUGAAAAACCCUCCUGCUGGAGUUAAGCUGGUGAUGUCUGCUGUGUGUGUAAUGAAAGGAUUGGCUCCAGAUAAGGUGGCAGAUCCGGCUGGAUCUGGCAAAAAGGUUUUGGACUACUGGGGCCCAAGCAAGAAGCUUCUUGGUGACAUGAACUUUUUAAAAGAGCUUAAAGAAUAUGACAAAGACAAUAUUCCGGAGGAAUCAAUGAAACAAAUCCGUUCUACCUACAUGACUAACCCUGAUUUCAGCCCUGCUAAAGUGGCAAAAGCUUCCUCAGCAGCAGAGGGCCUGUGCAAGUGGAUCAAAGCAAUGGAGUCAUAUGAUAGGGUGGUGAAGAUUGUGGCUCCCAAAAAAGCCAAACAAGCAGAGGCUCAGGCAACCCUGGCUGCUGCCAUGGCCACACUAUCAGAGAAGAGAGCCCAACUAAAAGAGGUUAUGGACCGUUUGGCUGACUUGCAAAGAAUAUCUGCGGAGAAGACAGAAGAGAAGGCCAAACUAGAGGCCCAGAGGGAUUUGUGUCAACAGAAGUUGGAGAGAGCUGAGAAACUUAUUGGUGGCCUUGGUGGAGAAAAAACUAGGUGGUCUAAGGCUGCUGAUGAUCUGCAAAACACAUAUGACAACCUAACUGGAGAUGUCCUCAUUUCUGCUGGUGUCAUGGCCUACCUGGGCGCUUUCACUGCCAGCUUCAGACAGGACUGCACCAGUCAUUGGAUCAAACUGUGUCAGUCAAAGAAUAUUCCAUCGUCAGAUGAUUUCUCUCUCAGUAAGACCCUGGGAGAUCCCAUCAAGAUUAGGGCAUGGAACAUCGCUGGGCUUCCAACUGACUCAUUCUCCAUUGACAAUGGUGUCAUUACCAGUAAUUCACGUCGAUGGCCCCUGAUGAUUGACCCUCAAGGUCAGGCCAACAAAUGGGUGAAGAAUUCAGAGAAAGACAACAAGUUGAACAUUAUCAAAUUAACAGAUGAUGAUUACAUGAGAACCUUGGAAAAUUGUAUACAGUUUGGGAGCCCCUUGCUGCUUGAAAAUGUAGCAGAAGAGCUGGACCCCUCCUUGGAACCUUUACUCCUCAAGCAAACCUUCAAACAAGGUGGUGUGGAAUGUAUAAAACUGGGGGAAAGUGUGGUUGAGUACUCCAAGGAGUUCCGCUUCUACAUCACCACCAAGUUGAGAAAUCCUCAUUAUUUACCAGAGCUGGCCACCAAAGUGUCUUUGCUCAAUUUCAUGAUCACGCCAGAGGGCUUGGAGGACCAGCUUUUGGGAAUUGUAGUUGCCAAGGAAAGGCCAGAGCUUGAAGAGGAAAGAAAUGCACUCAUCUUGCAGUCAGCUGCAAAUAACAGGCAACUAAAGGAAACUGAGGACAAGAUCCUUGAGACACUUUCCUCCUCAGAGGGAAAUAUUCUGGAAGAUGAGAGUGCCAUUCAGGUCUUGGACUCUGCGAAGAUAAUGUCCAAUGAGAUUACAAAGAAACAAAAGAUUGCAGAGGAGACUGAGAUUAUGAUAGCUGAGUCUAGGGAGUGUUACAGAUCUAUUGCCAAACACUCCUCUGUCCUGUUCUUCACGAUUGCUGACCUAACCAACAUUGACCCAAUGUAUCAGUACUCUCUGAGCUGGUUUGUCAACCUCUACAUAAACUCUAUUCAAGACAGUAAAAAGUCCAAAAUUCUGGAGAAGAGGGUCAUUUACCUGGUUGAUCACUUCACCUAUAAUUUGUUCUGCAACGUCUGUCGCUCCCUGUUUGAAAAGGAUAAACUUCUGUUCUCCUUCAUCCUUUGCUGCAAUCUGCUUCUUGCUCAGAAAGAGAUUGAGUACGGUGACUUGAUGUUCUUGAUGACGGGAGGUGUGGGCCUGCAGAAUACGCUUGCGAAUCCUGAUCCUAGCUGGCUUCAGGACAAGAGCUGGGAUGAGAUUUGCAGAGCCAAUGAGCUUCCUGGCUUGAAAGGACUAAAAGAUUCUUUCAUUCAGGGGCCAGAACUUUUCAAGCCUAUUUUUGACAGCAAAGAACCUAGUACAGUUCCUUUGCCCUCCCCUUGGGAUGAAAAUCUCAACGAAUUGCAGAAAAUGAUCAUUGUACGCUGUCUAAGGCCUGACAAGAUUGUGCCGGCUGUCAAUGGUUAUGUAAUAGCUAAACUCGGGAAAAAUUUUGUUCAGCCCCCUCCUUUUGACCUAAGCAAGAGCUACUUGGAUUCUAAUGCCACCAUCCCGCUAGUGUUUGUGCUUUCUCCUGGUGCUGACCCCAUGGCUAGUUUACUGAAGUUUGCGGGUGACAAGGACAUGGGUGGUAACAAUUUCCAGUCCAUUUCUCUAGGACAGGGCCAAGGCCCCAUUGCUUACAAAAUGAUAUGCACAGCAAUGCAAAAUGGGACCUGGGUGUGUUUGCAGAAUUGCCAUCUGGCUGUGUCUUGGAUGUCCACAUUAGAAAAGAUUUGUGAGGAAUUCAGUCCAGCAACAUGCCAUCAGGACUUCAGACUUUGGCUCACAAGCUACCCUUCGCCCAAGUUUCCAGUGACCCUUCUUCAGAAUGGAGUGAAAAUGACAAAUGAGCCCCCGACAGGACUUCGAUUAAACAUACUGCAGUCAUACAUGUCCGAUCCUGUUUGUGACCAAACCUUCUUUCAUAAUUGUACAAAUAAGGAAUCGGUCUGGGAAAAGCUCCUGUAUGGCCUUUGCUUCUUCCAUGCACUUGUUCAAGAGAGAAGAAAGUUUGGCCCACUAGGGUGGAAUAUUCCUUAUGGUUUCAAUGAAACAGACCUUCAUAUAAGUAUCAGACAGCUCCAGUUGUUUAUUAAUCAAUACGAAGAUGUGCCCUUCGAAGCCAUAACUUACCUGACCGGAGAAUGCAACUACGGGGGUCGCGUAACUGACAAUUGGGAUCGGCGCCUCCUCAACACUAUGUUGGCUGACUUCUACAAUAAAGAUGUUGUGGAUAAGCCUUCUUAUCCUUUUUCACCCAGCGGUGACUAUGUUGCCCCACCUAAAUUGUCCUAUGAUGAAUACCUUGAAUUCAUCAGAGAUCUUCCAUUCAGCCAGCACCCGGAAAUAUUUGGGAUGCAUGAAAAUGUGGACAUUUCAAAGGACCUGCAGCAGACCAAAGUGUUGUUUGAUUCCCUGCUUCUCACCCAAGGAGGAGGCUCUAAGGGAGGAGGUAGCUCUGGGAGUGACAAUGCACUGUAUGACAUAGCAAAUGACAUUCUCACUAAGCUUCCAAAUAAUUUUGACCUCGAAGUAUCGCUCAAUAAGUACCCAGUGCGCUACAAAGAGAGUAUGAACACUGUACUUGUCCAAGAAAUGGAGCGCUACAACCAUCUGAGCACUGCCAUCCGUGUAAGUCUUCAGAACCUGCUAAAGGCCCUCAAAGGCUUAGUAGUUAUGGAUGCCGAGCUGGAGGGAAUUGCAAAUAGUUUGGCAGUGGGCAAGGUUCCAGAACGAUGGGCCAAACGCUCAUACCCCAGCCUCAAGCCCCUUGGCAGUUACAUUAAUGAUUUUCUCUCAAGGCUUAGGUUUUUGCAGGUAUGGUUCAAUGUCGGUAAGCCCAGUGUGUUCUGGCUGUCGGGAUUCUUCUUCACCCAGGCCUUCUUAACAGGGGCUACACAGAACUAUGCCAGGAAAUACAAUAUUCCCAUUGACCUGCUGGGCUUUGACUUUGAGGUUUUACCGAUUGAUCAGUCAGACACACCUCCAGAAGAUGGUGUCUACACUUAUGGUUUGUUUCUUGAUGGAGCUCGAUGGGACAAGCAAAGUGGAGUUUUAGUGGAGCAGCAUCCCAAAGUCCUAUUUGACACAGUGCCCAUUAUCUGGAUAAAACCUACAAAAGACAUCCCAGAUGAAUCUGAUGGUCGCUAUGUUUCUCCUCUCUACAAAACCAGUGAGAGGAGGGGCACUCUCUCUACAACAGGACACUCCACCAAUUUUGUCAUCCCAAUGUUAUUGCCCACCAACAAGCGCCCUCAACACUGGAUCAAGCGUGGUGUGGCGUUACUGUGUCAGCUAGAUGACUGA